UCUACUACCAUUACUACUACUACUACACCUUAUUUUGUACAGCUCGCGAAACGGUCUGCGGGUUUUCUCGAUCACUUUGCGUGUAUGUGUGUGAGUGUGUGUACGUGCGUGUGCGGACAUCGAGUUUCGGACGGACGAGAUUAGUACACCCGGUUUGUCGAGCGCGUCGACACUCGCCCGCGCGUCGAUCGCCGUGCAGUACGUUAUUGUAAUAAUCGUUGUUGGGCAUUAUUUUCGAAUUAAAAGUCGACGACACACCGUCGCAAGUCGGCAGUCGGCACUCGCCAAACGUCCAGUCCGCGUGAUCCAAAUAAUAAUAAUAAUAAUAUUGUAAAAUACAGUUCAUGAUAAUAUUAUUACAACGAUAAUCCGAUUAUCGUCGAAGGUAUUAAAAUAUUAUAAUAAUAUUAUUGCACGACUAGCGCGCGCGACUCGGACGACGAUAAUAAUAUUAAUAAUAAUUUAAACUUUAAACCGUUCGCUCUCCCGCGCGUGUGUUUGUGUGUGUGUGCGCUUUUUUUUUUUAUUCACCGAUCGUUUCGUCGUUUCCAGCGCACGAAACAUCAGCCGCACCCUGCACGCACCGCCGACAACGUCUCCGCCGGCCGAGAACUCGUCAAGAUAAUCAAACGGUUUUUGGUGGUCCGCCGCCGCCGCGCAGAUCUUCGCACCGACCGGAACGAACGGACCUGAGGACACGUGGACGACGUCACCAUGAAGUUCACACUUUCCGAAUGGAUAAUUCUGGCCGUGGUCGGGUCCGUGCACUUUUGUUGCGCGAUUUGCAUAUCGUUGCAAGCGCCAUUUUACCCCGAAGAAGCUGAGAAAAAAGGAUGUACAGCUACAGAAUACGGCUUCGUUUUUGGCAGUUUCGAACUGAUAGCAUUUAUUACGUCACCAGUUUUUGGAAGCCUGAUACAAAAGGUCGGGCUGAAAUAUAUGUUGGUAAUUGGCAUCGUAUUGAACGCUGUGUCGACUGUAGCUUUUGGAUAUUUGACGUACAUCGACGAAAGAAAUGUGUUCUUACUGCUGUCGCUAUUCCUUAGGAUAUUGGAGUCUUUGGGCGCUACAGGCGCAAUGGUAGCCGCGUUCUCACUGACGGCAGUUUCUUUCCCCGAAUCAGUUGCUAGCACUUUCUCCGCUCUCGAAGUAUGUUAUGGAAUGGGUUAUAUCGUUGGACCAACUCUCGGCGCUUUGCUGUUCGAGAUCGGUGGAUUUUCGCUGCCGUUUGUGGUCAUGGGCCUCAUCACACUUGGAACGUCGUUCUUGGUGUGUAUUUUAAUGAAACAAGACGUGCCCAGUCCGAACAAGGCUAAAACUAAAGUAACACACCUCAUGAGCGUUCCUACUGUACUCAUAAAUUCAAUCGCAACAGUGAUUACAGCCACGGCUAUGGGAUACUAUUCAGCAACAUUGGAGCCACACAUUCGCGGAUUUGGACUUUCAUCUGUAGACGUCGGAUUCGUGUUCAUCAUAAGCGGUGGAACGUACGCGCUGAUAGCGCCAGUCAUCGGAUACGUUUGCGACACCGGAUUGAAUCCCAAAAAAAUUAUGAUCAUCGGAACAAUCUUAACAGUCAUCAGCUACUCCUUAGUUGGACCAGCUCCAUUCGUGCCAUUACAAAAAUCCAUGCUGUUAGUGGUCAUUGGAUUGGUCAUACAAGGAGUUGCGUUGGGCAUGAUCUGCGUACCCACAUUCGUUGAUUCUAUGAAUGCUGCUUUCGAAAGUGGUUUUCCAAACGACAUACACACUUACGGAUUGUUGUCGGGCAUUUGGUCAUCGUCAUUCGCCUUAGGCGCAUUUUUGGGUCCAUCUAUAGCUGGCGUUCUGUACGACUUAGUCGGGUUCGAAAAGGGCACGUACUUUGAGAUUUCAUUACACGUCUUAUUGGGCAUCGCACUGCUGCUGUUCGUGUGCUUGGACCGGCGGCCGUCCGACAAGUUCGUAGUGAACGGCAUGAGCGACUCGACCGUGGGAUUCGCGGGGCGCGCGGACAUCGCCGACCGGACCAGCGCGGCGCCGGUGCCUGGCGCGCUCAAGUCGCCCGUCUACACCAUCAACGGGCACCACCAAUCGUUCCGGUCCAGCCACCGAUUCGGUUCGACCUACGGCAGCUUCAGCAACUCGUGCAUGGGCACGUCCCUGUCGUCGAUGCGCAUCAACAACGAGGCCAGGGCCGAGGCCCGGGGAAGUCCGCUGGCCGUCGAAUCCCGGAUCUAGACCGCCGCCGGCGACCACUGUAUUAUGAAUGACAAACGAUGUCGGUGAUGAAUUCGACGACGACGAUCAUCGUCAUCACCGCCAUAGCAAUGUACCAACCCCAUCGUCGUCCCACAGACCCCACAACACCCACCACCCACACUCAAUAUGUCUUACAGCACGUUAUGAUAUUAUAACGACGUUAUUAGGACAAGCAGGCUCAACCCCUCCAUAAUAUACGUAUAGAUAUAUAUCUGUGUGCGUGUAUUAUUACACGUGUAACUUUUCGUCCAAUUCUAGCCUCCCCUAUCCACCAACUUCCCCACAUCUCCAGCCAUCGCCGCCCACGCACGGCUAUAUCAACACACACGCUGCAGCAUGUAACACCUGUUACACCUCACACGAAUUCGCCUAUACAUAAUAUCAUAUACUCGGCCGCCAACACGUAUUGACCGACCGAAAAAAUCGUACUUCACACACGUCUCGUUUGCCGUAUAAUUGUUAUCACUACAUAAUAUUAUGUCAGUAUAACGAUACUCUAUAUAAUAUUAUAAUUGUUCGUAUUUUUUUACGCGUCACGAUCGUGUACGUAUAAAUGUGUUUUAUUGAUUUUUUUUAUCUCCACGUCUUAUAAGCAAAUGAUUUUGUACACAAUGAUUUUUAUUUUUUAUUUUUAUCUCUGUCUCUGUCUGUCUCUGUUUCUCACUGUUAAACCCGUCCGUCGUAUUAAUACGCAUGCCAAUAAUAUAAUAAUAAUUAUUAUUUGCCUAAUCCACUUAUUAUUAUUAUAUUAUUACAGGUAUCGUUUUAUUCGUAUGAUAUUAUGUUAUAUAUUUUAAAGAAAACUGAUCGAUUCUUUAAUUAAUAUUGUUAGACAUAAUAAAUUAUAAUAUUUAAUAUAUUUAUAUGUUAUAUAAUAUUUUCCUUCGAGUAUUGGUAAUUUUUUUUUUUUAUUAUUCGUGAGCAACCGCCAGUCAUGUUCACACCGCCAAUAAGUAUAUAAUAUAUUUAAUGAUAUGAUUAUUAUUGAUACUAGCAGCGAUGUUUCUUACGUACAUAAAAUAAUAUAAACACGUAUCGAUUUCCUAAAUCAGUUUUUUAAUUUAGAGCUUAAUCGUAAAAUACUUUUAUUAUUAUAUACCGAUGAAAGUUUACUGGCCGACACUAUAGCCACGACCACGGUCGACGACAAGUAGUGCGUUUUAUUUUUUUGUUUGUAUAGCUACCCCACAAAACAAUAUUAGUAUACCGUUGCAAUGCUCCGUCGAAAACAUGGGUCAUCCUCGUACACAACAAACACCGGUAUAGUAACGAUAUAUUUAUAUAAUUAACAUUUAUAGAUAAUGAUUUUAUGAUUAUUUUAUUAUUAUUAUUAUUAUUAUAUUAAUGCGUUUUGACGGGAUUGCCAUAAAAUUAUUAUUAUUUGUAACACACAUAUUAUAUAGAAUGUAUACGUACGUAGUACUAUUGUAACCAGUUUUCAGUGUAUAUGUAAAUAAUAUAUAGUUACAUGAUAUUGUGUUAGUGAUUUUAGAUGUUAUUAUUUGAAUUAUUGCUUAAGUUACAUUGUAUACUAACAGUUAAGAAAAUUAAAAUUACGUUGUACAAAUCAA